GUUCGACGUUGGAAAGGGAACUCGUUGGUAGGGACGCAAAGCCGAAGGCGGAGCUCCAUGAUGAAGCGAGAAUGGGAGAUCUUCAAAGUUCAGUGAAGCUCCAAGAGAAGCUGCAGUGACGCACGAAAGUGUAUUGAAUUCGAGGUCGAGAUUUGUUCUUCGAGAAAUCCGCGAAAAGAGAAAGAGAGAGAAAGAGAGCGAGAGAGAGAGAGAGAGAGAGGGAGAUAGAGGAAGAGAUAGACAGCAAGAGAGAGCAAGUGGGGAGAAAGAGAGAGAGAGAGAGAGAGAGAGAGAGAGAGAGAAGAAUAAAAAUUUGUGCGGGUAAGUGUUGUGGCACGUGACACCGAUACGUUGCAUAUUGUUCCGUAUCUGUAUCUGUAGUGAGCGAGAUAAAAGCAAAGCGCAGACAAUCACAGAGCUGAACCGCCGCGCCGUCGGUGCGCAUCGCCGUAGGCGUCGUUGAAGUGCGUGCCGUCGCGCGGUAACUCGCGCCGUGUAGCGCAGGUGAUGCCCUUAAUCCAGGAGGACGGAUCACAAAACUGGAACCGAAACUCGUCGUUUCCGGCGCGCAGCGAUCGCGGAACGAGGCGCGAUGCGCUGAGGAGGCCAACGUGCCCAUGCUGCCUAAUGGGAACAUACAGACACCGUCGGAACUGCCGCCACCGCCUGCGCUUCAAGUUUUACUGCAGCCUCAGGCUUCCGUACCGAUCCAGGUUCAGACUCAAGUCCGCGUCAAUGGCUUCUACCUCAUGGAGUCCGGCGACAGCUCCAGCGCUUUGUACAGCGCUGGCAACAGCUCCGCCAGCACGUCGCCGGCCAAUUACGACAGCAUCACGCCACCAGGAUCGCAUCUGAUGGACCUCAGCAACCAGCCGGAGCACCGCAAUCUAUCAUCGAAUUAUCAUCAGCAGCAACCCCUACAUCCAACCGCUCAUCAGCAGCACCAUCAUCCAAUUGAUUAUCCGCAGCAGCCUUAUGUUUAUGAGAACCUAGAGGAGAACAAGAAGUAUCACAAUCCUCAUCACCAUACUUCGGACCAUCCGGACGGCAAGAUCCUGAGGGAUCUUCAGUCAGACUACAAUCGACGGAUAUCCAAUAAUACGGGAUCCGAGUUAUUGUCAGACUACAACAGGAACCACGAGCAGCAUAUGUGCGUGACUCCGCCGUCGCAGAUCUUCGCGUCUGGGAAUGAGGACAUGAUCGUUUCUAAUAGACCGCAUCAGUCUCAGAAUCAAGGAUCUUACCGCAAUCACUCGAACAUGACAGAAUUCAAGCCAGAGGAGAUAGCAUACAAGAACGAACAGGUGGUCGAUCAGAGGUACGGUUAUCAGCAGACGGAGCUCAACGGUCAUGUGACGGAACCGUCAUCGACCAAGAGCUACGCGGCUGAAAAUGGCAGGUCGCCCGCGAAAAGAAAGAAAAAGUUCGUCAGCACCAACAACAACGAGUCCGAGUACGAGUCGCACUCCUCGAUGAAGCUCAAGGUACGCCGAAAAAGUAGCGCGAGUAUGGAGGAGAUUCAAAAUCAACGAGUGAUGGCGAACGUCAGGGAACGCCAAAGGACACAAAGUCUCAACGAAGCUUUCGCCGCUUUGAGAUCCGUCAUACCAACUUUGCCAAGUGACAAACUGAGCAAGAUUCAAACUUUGAAACUAGCCACGAAGUACAUCGAGUUUCUACAUCAAGUAUUACGCAGCGACUUGGAGAAGGAUGAUGGCUCAGAGAACAUUGCAGGUAGAAGUGCCAAGAACGCAAUUAUAGCUGCGAGACAGAGUAGAGACUUACCUUGCAGUUAUAUGGCGCAUGAGAGAUUAUCGUAUGCGUUCAGCGUUUGGCGCAUGGAGGGCGACUGGAAUUCAAAUACGUAGCAUUUGGGAUCGUGCAGACAUAUAAAAACGUAAGAGUUAAAUUAUCAAGAUUAAGUGCAAGCACAGAAUAAGGAUGUGGCCACAAUAUCGCACUCGUAUCAUUUUUCUAUAGUUGUUUUUAUUUUUUUACUAGUAAAGGGAUUUCUUGUAUUAAUUCUAUCGGCAUAAGAAAGCUCGAAUAGUUGCUAUACUUUGAGUGUUGUUAUACUUGAGGUAAGCAUAAGCUUAGAA